GGAGGGGGAGAGAGAGGAGGAACAAAGAGGAGCUGUAAGAAUUCGCCGCUUCAGUCCCCUUCCCCUCUUGCAUGCCGAUCGCCUCCAAGCUCCUCUACUUCCAACGCCGGCCCUCGCCGGCGCCGCCGGAACCCGAGCCCGAGCCCCCCGACCUCCGCCGCCGCCUCUCCCGCGACGCCUCCGGCCGCCAACGCCGCCGCAGCUCCCUAUCCUCCUCCCACCACAAGACGGUUCAGGAACUUGUUCCAGGGAGCCAAAGAGACGCUGCUAAGUCUGUGGGAUCGACUGGUAACAUAACAGAACAUGUAGGUUGCAUGGUCUCCAGGGCAAGACUAGACCACAGCGUAUCAGAUCACGGCCGGCUUCCUGAUGCUGUUCAGCAGGCUAGGGAAAGGCUUCUUCAGAGGCUUAAUAGUGUGGACUUAUCAGGAAGAAGGCAUAAUACAUGGUCCUCAGAAACAAUUUCGGCUGGAUUAACUCGCCCUAUUGACCUUGGCAUCCUUACCUCUGCAGAUAGCAUACUGGGUAGUCUAACCAACUGCUUUCAGCCUGGUUCAUCCAUCGCCACCUGCAAGGCUCAAGAAAGUGUGGUGGAGCCCGUCAGCAAUGAAGAAAGGUUUACAACCACCACAAUGUUUUCGGAACCUGACCCUGAGCUGCAGCACUCAGCCUGGGGAGGAGCAGAAGAAGGCGAAGGCACUUCUGAACCUUCAGCAGAGUGCUCUAUAUGCCUGGAGAGGUGCGGCGGUGCAGACGGACUCACCCAGCUGCACUGCAAGCAUGUCUUCCACUCGGCCUGCCUGGAGCGGUGGCUGCAGUCUCGCGGAGACUGCCCAUACUGCAGGGCCAGCGUGCUUCUAACAACAGACUAAAACUGAAUCAGAAUGACGACAAGUCCAGCGCCUACAGAACCUCCCUAAGCCUUAACCAUGUUACUGCUUAGUGCUUAACUCUUCUUCUAGUACUAUGUUUUCGAUUAGCAAAUGAGGUGAUGACACUCAUGUCACUGUCUGCGGCUUCAGCAAUUAGCAUCCUAUAUAUGUAUCCUGGCUGUUGUAACUGGAUGUUGUAUCUGUCUAUAUCAUGAGAGAAGCAAUAAGCUGGUUAUUGUUCCAUCUUC